UAAACAUAACUGUUACUUGUUGUAAAUGUUACUUUACUUUCUUUGAUGUUAUAGCUUACAUUAGAUUUCAUCAAAGGGUUUAAGUUCAUUUUACAUGUUCAUUUUGUAACUUCAGUGAGACUUACUGGUAUAACUAGCAUUAGUAUAGGGGGGCUUUGCAAAACGACACCAGCUCGCUCGUAAUGGGGCGCGGCUUUGGCGACAACGUGCCAUAGAUUCAGGAAAUGUUGAAGCAGUCUCAGUGGAGAAACUAUCAGGUAAUAGGCUAGUCAGUCUUGAUUUAAAACGGUGGCUCCAAGGCGCACGGUACAGUGAGUGUUGAAAGUAAACGUAAUUUUGAUCAUAAUGUGCAUGUCUGCCUCGUGUUAAUUGUGAUUAUAGAUUCUAAUUUAAGAAAGUGAAAUAUGUAAGGGAUCAUGUAAAGUCCGCUGGGUAUUGGACAAUAAAUCCCGACAGGUGGAACAGGACCCCGAUGCGCAGCGGAGAUGCCUGUCACCUUUUUCCAUUCUGGCUGAGAGCGUUUAUAAGAAAAAUGGUAGACUGCUGAGAUAGUGGCCCUUUUGUGAGGUUGACCACAAAACUACAAUGAAUCACAUGAGGAGUAUUUCAUGAGGAGAUGAUUGUUGAUGAUUUUCAUGUGUCACAUCAUGUGACGAGUGGGAAAUCCUCCACCAUAAAAACACUGCUAAUUAUAAUACUACAGUGUCGAUUUGUUGCUGCUACAGACCCCAACUGUCCGUAUAUCCCAAUCAUUAAGGAGUGGGGUGUACCAGCCUGUUACACAGAACUACAUAAGGCAUAUCCUGGAUGGCUAGUGGGGAAGACACAGGCUAAUAGCAUCCCCAGAGAUUUUCGAUUAGAGAUUCCACUCGGCUGUGGUGAUAAGAUCAGCUGUGACGAUCUCCUACGGGCCCUUGUUAACAGCUACUGCAUGAACAGGAAUUGCAGUGAUGAUAAGCCCAAUACGUCUUGCAAUGAAACUAAUAAAAAAACAAAGACGUUGAUUUACUGCUUGAAUGAUAAUUAUUCUAUCUCCUGCCAGGAGCCCCUAGGGUUUCAAAACCCAAGGAUAUAUAUGUUAGUGAAUGAUACAGAUUUCACCCAUAACAUUCAAGGUUGUCUCAUGGACAAGGUGCCAGGUACAACAGCAUCCACCACCUGUACUAUGACCACCACCACCACGACAUCUCGUAGUGCACCAACAACAGUUACCCCCGGCAGUACACCCACCUCCUCCACCCCCACCACAUCUUCUAUCAUCACAGAUAGUACACAGUCCCCAACGCCUUCCCAUGCCUCUCACACCUCAGAACAAUUUAGUGCGACAUCUGGAUAUGGUAUGCUGGUCAUACUGUUGACAUCUCUGGGUUUAAACAUAACAUUGUCAUGGUUGUUACUGAAGCAGAGAAGCCGCCACCAACAGCAACCCAUAAACCUAAGUCUAGACUAUGUUGGAGCUCCUGGAGAAGCUGAAGCAGAGUCGUUAGCGGGUGAUUCCCUGCCCUAGAACUGGCUGCCUACUCCAGUGUUCUAGAGACAUCAGUAACAGUGUUCCAGAGACGGCAGAUGGAUUACAGAGGACGGGCCUGCUGUACUCCCAACACUGUCUCCAUGAGAGACUGCCAAUCCACCAGUCUGUGACUACAGAGACUGUUACUGUCAAACACCUGCAUCAGGACACCCUCAGACCGGUCUUUGGCUAUGGACUAGAGACCUCAACAGGAGAACCAACCUCAGUCACAACAUGAGCCCCACACCAUUCCACAGACAUUGACAGACCUGCAUGUGAAGCAUGUUCAGAUACUAUGGCACAUUAGGGCCCGUUUCACACUGCCUGCGUUGAGUGUGUGUGGUGGCUGCGUUACCUGUUGAUUUUCAUGUCAGUGCCCUUGCUAACAGGUUAGAACAUGCACAAUGCUUGACUGAGAUGUGCAGUCAUAUCGAGUCGAGUUUCAGUGUGGCGACUAUUUGUUACACGUGAGAUAAGAUAAUCUCAGUAAAAAAGACAUGUUGACAUUAUACCACCAACCAACAUUAUAACUGGCGUCUUUCAUUGCAGUUUCGAGGUAUGGGCUAUAUCGCACAGACAUGACAGAAAUAUAAAUGUCCCUCUCUCACUUAUCAUGCUUAUAAUAUAAUAUAAUAUAAGAGUAUAAUAUUCUCUAAUUAAUCAUG